UGUUUACAUCCUGUGGCAACGGCCCGCAAACAGGCUGGGUACACCUGGAGAAGAUGGCUGGCUGCGCGGGGUUCUGAGUGUGUGGUUAGCAAACUCCUGACUCCGGUACUUGAAACUCGCCUGAUAACACGAGACAUCCGACACCUUUCGGUUCGUGAGCUCCUGACAACCUGACUGACACGUCAAGGUGUCUGUCUCAGCCAAACUGAAAUGUGCGGAUCAAGAAGGAUCAGAUGCUAUCUACAUUCCGAGUGAGGGAGAAAAGAAGCCAAUCUUCUUGUUUACCAAACAAACAUCCCCGCGUCAGGUGCCACAGGAAACUUACAACAUUGCUAACGCCAUUCUGUCAACAUCUGACCACAAUAACAAUAGCAAGUGACGCAGGGAAAACUACGACCCCGCUUUGACAGCUGAAGAAUUUUCAUGACGUCAUAAUCAGGCGAACUUUAUUUCCUACAUCUAAUGGUAAAACUAAGGUGUGCGUCGCCAUGGCUACCAGCCUUUGAUGUAGCAUAACAAGUGAUUAACUUUUCUUUUUCUCGCGUCAUCUGGUUUUAUACAAGCAACAGCUGUUCACCUUUAAAUAGAGCCUGGUACCCCUGAGGUAAGUUUUUGUAAAUCGGGGUGAAGCUUUGACACGCACCGUGGUCUGCAACAUCGACCCGUUAGUACAAAACGUUCGCCCAGUGAGGACAACAGAGCCGCCUGCUUUGUGUGGAAAGCGCGUCCAAUAGCAACAAGUGUUUGUUCAACUCUUAUACGCCACAGCGCUCUCAAGUCUUACCUACAGGUGAACUACGACUCUCGAGGUUCGUAACGGUCUCCCAGUGCGUUACCCGUGUUAAAUACCCAUUCAGGCAGACGAGAAACGGUUUAAAGGGAUUUAAGACCCGGGAAUCGGGCUUAUUUCGUGACUUAGGAUUUGACAACGGAGCGGUGAACAAGGUAAUUAGCGGACAUGGCCACGUUCUACGUCACAGGUGUACGUCGGCCGCCUAUACUGGCUCCGUACCGCACAAGGAGUGUGGAGAGCAUACAUGCGCAGUUUUCCGCACAGAAUGCUGGCUGGAAGGGAGGGUCUGGACGGGGGUUGGACAAGAGCGCGAGAUGUAUGUCGUCUCCAAGACUUAACGGCGAUAUUAAGAGAGAUAAUUCCCUUUUAAGCCCUUGGAAAUUGGGCUGGGAGGAGCUGAACAGACGAUCGCCAUCUUCAUCGCCAGGAGGGAGUAGAGAGAGACUUAACUUACCUUCUACACCUCGGAUGGGGGUCAGGAUUAAGGGUUUUGUGAAGGGUAACUCAGAAGAGAAGAGAGACCAGGUCAUGUCUGCUGUUCAGGCCUGCUCAGCGUGUGUGAAAUGUGGGGACCGGUGUCCCGGCUACCAGCCCCACUACUGGAGGAAAAUCUGCCGGCACUGUAAGUGUUCCCAAGAAGACCACAACAUGGCGUCCGGUACGGAGACGGAACGCAACGUGAGUAAGAUGGUGCAGGGCUUCCAGCGGAACUCCACGUCGGACGAUGAUUCCGGCUGUGCGCUGGAGGAAUACACCUGGGUACCACCUGGGCUCAAGCCAGAACAGGUUCACCUGUACUUCAACUGUCUGCCAGAAGACAAGAUCCCAUACGUUAACAGCGUGGGCGAGAAGUACCGCAUCAAGCAGCUCCUUCACCAGCUGCCUCCCCACGACACCGAGGCUCGCUACUGCAGUAACCUCAGCGAGGAGGAGAAGCGGGAGCUACGCACGUUCAGCUCGCAGCGGAAGCGGGAGGCCCUGGGGCGCGGCCAGGUGAAGCAGCUGCCGCAGGACUCGGACGGGCUGAUGUGCGAGGACUGUGGGGAGACUGUACCGGGGGAGGAGACGGCCGUGUUCGCCUCCAGGGCUGGUCAGGGCGUGUCGUGGCACCCACAGUGCUUUGUGUGCUGCGUGUGUAGAGAACUGUUGGUGGAUCUGAUCUAUUUCUACAAGGACGGGAUGGUGUACUGUGGGCGCCACCAUGCAGAGACACUCAAGCCACGAUGUGGGGCGUGUGAUGAGAUCAUCUUUGCGGAUGAGUGUACUGAGGCAGAAGGGCGUUCCUGGCACAUGAAACACUUCUGCUGUUUCGAGUGCGACCUGGUGUUGGGGGGACAGCGCUACAUCAUGAAGGAGCAGCGGCCUUACUGCUGCCAGUGCUUCAACAGCAUGUUCGCCGAGUACUGUGACUCGUGUGGAGAACCCAUAGGCAUCGACGAGGGCCAGAUGACGCAUGACGGGCAGCACUGGCACGCUACGGAAAAGUGCUUCUGCUGUGCAGGCUGCAACUUGUCUCUGCUUGGGCGACCGUUCCUCCCCAAGCAGGGUGAGAUAUACUGUUCUAAAUCCUGCGCCCUGGGAGAGAACCAGGAGUCCAAGCAGUCUCCACCUGCACAGAGCUCCGGUAGUCCCUACGACACCGGCUUCGACACCCUGACAAGAGGAGAUGGGUCACAGGAGUCGGAUAACAACUCCACCAGGAGCCGCAAACGUGACCGCAGAUCGCGGUCCAUGGAAAACCUGAAGCGGGAGUUCUACGCCAGGAAACCUGGCUGGGGCCAGAGCAAACUGAGGAUGGAGUCGGCACGGAACCUUCAGAAGUACGACCUGAGUUCAGACGGGAGUCCGGACGUGAACGUUCAACCAAGACGUGUGAAGCACAGGAGCAGGUCGAUGACAAGAAUGAGCAGUGAUGCGAGAAGAGCGACGGAUUACUCGGAUCCUCGUAGCGACACUGAGAACCAAUCAGUGGCGAGUGGUACGAGUGGGAAGCAGUCUCCCUGGGUGCCUCGGGAUGGGUUCACCAAAGAGAACCUGGAGAGAAUAUCACCUCCCAACGGCUUUGAGAGUGCACCACAAAACAUGCUGCCUCAGUGGCAAAGCACCCCCCAGGAAGCAAGAUACUGGAACAUUCAAGGGGGUGUCACCCAGGGGGCGUUCCCCUCAGCUGUACAAGCUGAUGUUAAGGACCCUGAUGCACAGUACGAUACCUCACAGGGAUACGACAGUGGAGGACACGAGUGUGAGAGUGACAGGCAGUCGCAGGCCAGCGGAUGGACGGCGCCGCAGGAUCUGCAGCUGCCUGUACCAGAGAACGGUCCCAGGUACGAGGAGAGAACUGUCCCAUAUACCACGCAGGAGUACCUGCCUCACGACAGAAGAAACGUGUACAUCCCACAGGAGCCUGAAAUCGAGUAUUCCAGCACAAGCGAGCUGCCACCGCCGAGGGGCAUACUGAGAAAUGCCUCUGACACCCAGCUGUCAGAGAAGUUCCGUAAGAUGAAGCUGCGUGAUGAAUAUUAUACCUCCUCCUCUUCAUCCGACAGCGAGGAUGAUGAUUGGCUGAUUCCACAGAGGAGAGUUCGUGUUCGAUAUGUGGACACUGACUUUACGGGAGGUGGCAGACAUGGCUCCAUGCCACCUGGGGCUGAGAGGCCGAGGGGAAAGAAGAGCAAGCAUUGCACCAUAUCCUAGAUGAUGGGUUAGGGAGAAGGUAUGAGGGAAAGGACAUAGAAAGUGCUUUGUGUAGAAUCGAGUCAUAUCGUAAGUUGAUCAUAUCUGAAGCCUCACAUCCUUGUGAUAAAGUGCCUCUUCAUACUAAGGGACAAGAAUGAAGAUUUGCUUAUUGAAGAGUCACUAUAGGGGAAGCUCUUCAACAUCUUCCUUUGGUCAUAUAACGAUAGAAGUUUUUGGCUUACCCAGAUAUGUACUGGUUUUAUAGUUGGCUGCCUGUCUGCUUAAGUGGUUUGUAACAGACAUGUACUUUAAGGUGCUCUUAGUUAUGUUUUUCUUUUUAAACUUGGUUGGUUUAACUUUGUUAUGUUCACUGUUAGACUGUAGAACUUCAGGUACAGAGUUGUAUGAUUUUAUUUUAUCAACAUGGUUUAGUUUUAGCUGAUCAUAUAGUAUUUGUAUUUUAGGUUAAGUAGCAGAUACUUGUCAGAUUAAAACGCAAACUUUUAAAACAUUUUGAUAAUUUAUUACAAAUUUUCUUUGUGACUCGGCAAUCCCCCAAAUUGUUGUAUUCAUAAUGUAUGAUGAAGGGCUUUGUAAAUAUUAGUCCAAAUUCUACUGUAUUUUUAUAAAUUUAUUGUGAAUUGUACAUAGUGUGUUUGCUGAUGCACCAGUUCACUAUAAGCAACGGGACUUAAAUAUACCGGUAGCCCAGUUUCAACUAUAAAGUCCAACCUACAGUCUACUGCUUUGUUGUAUUUCUGAACUGCACUGCACAGUUGUAUGCUAGUAGUGCAGCGGUGACAUCUACCAUAGGCCGGUGGAACUGCAGCCUCUGAAGUGUUAAGGUUGAAAGGAACUCCAGCAAGGACACUUGUCAAAACUCUUAAUCUAUUUUUUUUGACAGAGGAAAUACUGCACAUUGUUGUCACUUUUGUACUUAUGUUUGAUGUAAGCUCAACAGAUUUUAGUGCCAAUCAUGUUUCUGGGUCCAGAUAGGAUAUUAUGUAAAUUGUUGUACAUACCAAGCUUUUUAUUCAAUGGUGAAUUUUCUUUGGACUAGUCAAUUGUUUUCCUUGUACAGUCUUCCCAAUACACACAAAUACACAAACACAAAAGGAAAUUUGGAUGUGUUCUAUGUUAAAGAUAACUGUUCAGUAGUAAGGAUUUUCCUGGGAACUACCUCAGAAGUGACAGAUUACAGCUUUUGUACCACAUCAGCACCUUCAUUACAGACUGUGAUUUACAUGGUAA